AUGUGGCGUUACGCAGGGAAUCGUCCUAUGCGCCCUCUUGACACUGUGAUCCUCGAUGCUGGCCUGAAAGACGCGAUCAUCAAGGACUGUCAGGACUUCAUAGCCAGCAAGGACUGGUACAUGAAAAGAGGUAUCCCAUUCCGUCGCGGUUAUCUCCUGUAUGGCGCUCCUGGCUCAGGAAAGACGUCCUUCAUACAAUCUCUCGCCGGGGAGUUUAGGCUUGACAUCUAUACAAUCUCGCUCGCCGGCUCUGACAUGGACGACAGCAAUCUCAUGCGGCUGAUCGCACAGUUACCUGAGAGAUGCAUCAUCCUGAUGGAGGAUAUCGAUGCAGCCAUAACGAUUACUGGCAGGCGCGACGAGACGGGCUCGAGUAAUAGGAACCAAUCCGAAUCCACGCGGCACGUCACACUCAGCGGCUUGCUCAACGUGUUGGACGGCGUGAGCGCUCAAGAAGGUCGGAUCCUGUUCGCUACCACAAAUCACAUCGAAGCCCUCGACCCCGCACUCACGCGUCCUGGCCGUAUGGACGUCCACUAUGAGUUCAAGCUGGCUAGUAAGUCCCAAAUCACGGCGCUCUUUACACUCUUCUUCGACGACCUCGGAUCCGAGAACAGUGCAAAGGAGAAAAUUGAAAGGGGCGAUCUGACCAAACUUGCCGUACAGUUCUCCGACGCGAUUCCCGAACAUAUGUUCUCUAUGGCCGAGCUUCAGGGAUACCUGAUGCGAUACAAAGCACAACCCUACGAGGCGGCUGCAGAAGCGUUUCAGUGGGCUGAAUGCGAGCUCGAACGGAAGGAUGCUCCUGCAAUCACUAUCACGGCAGGCUGGAUCGCGCAUCGACGCAUCAUGCUUUGGUAUUAUUAUGUUUCCCGCGUUCUUCGUAUGCCCUUAUGA